UUUCCUCAAGGUCUUCAACAUUGCACAAGCUUGAACAUACUGGACCUGUCAAGUAACAAACUUUCAGGACCGAUCCCUGCUGACAUCUCAUGGAGGCUGUCGUAUGUGUCAUCUCUGGAUCUUUCCUUCAAUAAAUUUUCAGGAACUUUGUGGUACACCACUGCACUAGUGUCCUAGGAGGAGAUGGAGACUGAGACGGAUCAGGCUGACCAGCAUCAAUGAUCAGUCCAGCAUCGGAGCAGUCGUCGUGGGGUUCGUGGUGGCCUUCUACUUCCCUCACUGCUUCAUCUUAUCUGAGAGGCUCCUUGUCCGGAUAAUAUGACCCAGUUGUUCUGGAACUUUGUCUGCCAUCAACUUCCAGAGGCCAAACAAGCACUUCCAACAGCAACUUUAGUUCUCACCCCUGCAGUAGCAGUUCACCAACAUGUAUACCUGGUACCCUAGCGAGUGUAGUGUUUUUUCUUCACUUUUAAUGCAAAUGGUGCAAGGUAUUCUCUUAAGGAAAAGAGCGAUGCACGGAAUUACAGGUUAUAUACUUGUAAUGUUUUUUGUAGUGUAUUUGAGGUUUCAAAAAAAGACAAAGAGUUAUAUUCGUGUUCACUCUCCCUAAUCAUUUUCUUGAGAGAAAUAAACUCCCAUCACAGCAGCAUAACAUAUCAAAUUUGAUCAGCUGAACUUAGAAAAUAUAUAUUAGCAGCAAGCUUGAUAUUUCAUAGGGGCGGCUGAAUCAGAAUAAUGCCCCUUAUGUUUUCUGCCUAGUAAGAGAGCAGACAUCUCAGUUCUGCAGUGUUGUCCUCCCUCGACCUUGAGGACAUCUUCUGAAAGUGUCCAGAUCUUCUCCACCAUGGUAUGUUCAUACUCUAUGUUUGAUUUUUUUGUCCAGUGAAUAUUUUUUUUAAACAUGCAUGCUAUAUGUUCUGCUAUGGCAUGCACACUUUUAAAAUUUGAUACUGAAAUAUGACCAUGUGGCAUGUAACAGAAUAAAUUGGCCCCAACUUGAAUAAUUAAUACUAUACUUUCUAAACUGUACCAGUUUGCGCUGUAUGCACAGGAGACACAUGGCCGUAUUUCUGCAUCACAAUGUAGGUAGUGUUAUAGGAAUGAUAUCCAUUCAUGUUUUCUGAAAAUCCAACAAUUUUUUUUAAGAUAAAAGGUUUUUUUUAGCCCCUCGGCCCCAUUAUUAUUAAUGGAACCAGAGAGAGCACACACAAACAGCCAUGCUCCGCAUGUUCAGCUACAAAGGAGAAGGAGGUCAAUUAUUUUGGAGUAACAGAAACUACAAAUUCACCUCAUGAGACCGUGAGGUCAGAGUUCUGGCAGGAGGCCUCAAAAUUCUAUUCUGCCAGGCGUUGAUGUAAACUCCCUCCACACAUUCCUCGCGGACAAUUCUACCGAGACUGGAGACUCGACGAUGCUGGGUUGGUCUUUCUGCCGCGUGCCUUCUUUCCAUACUCAUGUCAUGAGGGCAGCGCACUGCCUAUCAGAGCAGUUGGAUAAGGCUAGAGCGAUCAUGAUUCGCACUGAGACUGAUCGGGUGCUUUACAAUCUUUUCUAGAAGAUACAAUCGGGUUAUCUUGCAUCAUCGGUGGUCCAUCAUGGAGUAGCAUCAUAUAAGUCCCAGCAUUUUUGCCCAAUGUGGAAAAGUAAUUUAUAAGUACCAAGUGAGUGACUGGUGACCGGUGAGUCUUCGGAGACUAUUCACUCAGGAUGGGGACUAUUGGCAGUAGGCACACGGUUUGUCUUCCUUCCCUUUAUACUUCAGGGUUUGACUGAAGAAAAGUCCAUACUCAAGUGGAGGCAUUCUCUGUUUUAAAAGGCUGCACCCGUUCAUCUACUGCAGAUGUGGCUUCUGAUUUGCCUGGAUCAACUGGUGACGUCGGAAUUUACAAGCUGCAUGGCCAAGCAGAGCUGCUGUUUGUUUUACUCCAUGCUUGCGAUGGCUGAUGAUACCAACUUCCUCCUCUUGGUUUUACUCUUGAGCAGCUCAUCGUUGUGUUUUGGUUCUGAAGCUGAUAUCCAGUGCCUGAAGUCUGUACAGCAAUCAGUGAUUGAUCCCAACGGCGUGCUGAAAUCCACCUGGAACUUUGAAAAUCCCAAUCCCACCGACGGUUACAUAUGCCGUUUUACUGGUGUGGAAUGCUGGCACCCCGACGAGAAUAGGGUUCUCUCUCUCCGACUCGGCAACCUAGGACUUGAAAGCACGUUCCCUCAGGGUCUACAAAAUUGUUCAAGCAUGAUCGGCCUGGACCUGUCAAACAACAAUUUUUCGGGACCAAUCCCUAGCGAAAUUGCAAGGGAGGUGCCGUAUCUGACAUCUCUGGACCUUUUGUACAAUAGCUUUUCGGGUUCGAUCCCACAGAAUAUCUCAAAUAUGACAUAUCUGAAUAUCCUCAUCCUUCAGCAUAACCAGCUCAGCGGUCAAAUUCCACCGCAAUUCACUUUGCUUACUCGGUUAACCGCAUUCAAUGUCGCGGACAACUUGUUAUCAGGACCUAUUCCUUCUUUGCUACAAAACUAUUCGGCUUCGAACUUUGCUGGUAACCAAGGGCUUUGUGGUUCACCGUUGGAUGAUUGUCCCCCCUCGAGGAGGAGAUGGAGACCGGUAAAAAUCAAGCUGCACAGGCUCAACGACCAGUCGAGCAUAGGAGCGGCCGUCGGAUUCGUCGUGGGGUUUGUGGUGGCCUUCUACUUCCCGCACUUGUUCAUCUGCUCCGAGAGGCUCCGAGCCUACGUCGUCCGCAUAUGAUUCACUUGUUGUUCUGCAACUUUGUCUGGCAUAGCCUCCGGAGGCCAAAUGAGCACUUCCUGCAGUAAAUCUUUUUUAUCUUUGUUCCCUGCAGUAACGAUUAUCUUAAUUCACAUGAUAUGUAUGCCUGGCAACUAGCAACUGCCGGUGCUUGUUAAUGCACAUUUCAACUCUUCUAGAAAUAUGCGAGGCAUCAACUGGCCGUGAUUAUUCA